AUGGCACCAGGUAUUAUUCGUGUGGCAACAUACAAUUUACGUGGAUCAAAAUUAGAUGAAGGUACACUUAACUCAUGGGAUCAUCGUAAAAAUAUUUUAUACAAAUCUAUUGAACAUAUUGAUCCGUCGAUAAUUGGCACACAAGAAGGUAAUCCAUCACAAUUAAAUGAUAUAUUGACGAAUUUAACUCUAAAAGAUAGUAAUAAAUGGAAAAUGAUCGGUAAAAUAAUUGAUGAUCACGAGACAAUAAAUGCCAUAUUUUAUCGAGCUGAUGAAUUUGAUUAUAAAAAAACAGGUACCUUUUGGUUUAAUGAACAUCCCGAAGAAGCGGGAGCUGCAUGGGGUGCAAAAAAUUCAAAAGGUUGUACAUGGGCUGAAUUUUUUAAUAUUAAAAAUCAUGACGAAAAGUUUGUUCACUAUAAUCUUCAUUUGGAAUGGCCACGUCCUCUGGCUAGAAAAAAUAGUAUUCCGAUAUUACUUCAGUAUAUAGAAAAACAGCAUCCAAAUGAGCAAAAUUUAAUCGUGACUGGUGAUUUUAAUAAUUGGCCGGAAGAGGUUGAAGGAAUCAUACCAACAGAUGAAUUAAUUCAAUUAGGUGAAAUCUGCCCAGAAGUAAUACAAAUGAAAGAAGCCAAUUUUGUCGAUACAUUUCUUGUUGCAAAUCCAAAUUCACCUAAUGUUCCAACAUUCAAUGGAUUUCGAAAAGAAGGUUAUGGACCAAAAAUUGAUUUUGUUUAUAUUAAGAAAGACACAUUUCAUGUAAAAAAUGCAGCUGUUUGUGAAUAUCAGGAAAAUGAAAAUUUUCCAUCCGAUCAUUUUGCUGUUUAUGCUGAUCUUCAGUAUAAAAAAUGA